UCCCCGGCCCACCUCUCAGGUCCUCAGCUGGAACACUGUGCGGCGGCGGAGCCGGGGUCCGUGAGGCCGGAGGAGGCGGCCGAGCCCGGGCAUGGUGGUCUGGGGUAACGCGGAAGAAGCUCCACCAUGAGGCGAGGUGGAUGGAGAAAGCGAGCUGAAAAUGAUGGCUGGGAAAAAUGGGGUGGGUAUAUGGCUGCCAAGGUCCAGAAAUUGGAGGAACAGUUUCGAUCAGAUGCAGCUAUGCAGAAGGAUGUGACUUCAUCUACAAUUUUUAGUGGAGUUGCCAUCUAUGUUAAUGGAUACACAGCUUAUGAUGUCUUGCGUUGCAUCAAAGCUGGACGACUCCUUUCCUGCAUUCCAUAUCAGCUGUACACUAAGCAGUCCAAUGUGCAGAAAGGUCUCAACUUUAAUCCUGUAUGCAGACCUGAGGAUCCGGUGCCAGGUCCAAGCAAUAUAGCCAAACAGUUCAACAACAGGGUAAAUCACAUAAUUAAAAAGAUUGAGACAGAAAAUGAAGUCAAAGUCAAUGGAAUGAACAGUUGGAAUGGAGAAGAUGCAAAUAAUGAUUUUAGUUUUGUGGAUCUGGAACAGACCUCUCCAGGAAGGAAACAAAACGGAGUUCCGCAUCCCAGAAGCAGCACUGCUAUUUUUAAUGGACACACUCGUAGCUCUAAUGGUGCCUUAAAGACACAGGAUUGCUUGGUGCCCAUGGGCAGCAGUAUUGCCAGCAGGCUUUCUCCAGACUCUGCUCAGGAGGAGGAGAAGGCUGAGAAGAGCAGCACUGACUUUAGAGACUGCACUCUGCAGCAGUUGCAGCAAAGCACCAGAAACACAGAUGCUUUGUGGAAUCCACACAGAACUAAUUCUUUCUCAUUAUUGUCUUUGCACAGUAACACUAAAAUCAAUGGUGCUCACCACUCCACUGUUCAGGGGCCUUCAAGCACAAAAAGCACUUCCUCAGUACCUACUCCUAGCAAGGCAGUACCUUCAGUGCCAUCCAGACCUUCAGACUGCAGUUUUAUUUCAGACUUCUAUGCUCAUUCAAGACUACAUCACAUAUCAAUGUGGAAGUGUGAAUUGACUGAGUUUGUCAAUACCCUACAAAGACAAAGUAGUGGUAUCUUUCCAGGAAGGGAAAAGUUAAAAAAAAUGAAAACAGGCAGGUCUGCACUUGUUGUAACUGACACAGGAAAUAUGUCAGUAUUGAGUUCACCCAGACAUCAGAGCUGUAUAAUGCAUGUUGAUAUGGAUUGCUUCUUUGUAUCAGUGGGUAUACGAAAUAGACCAGAUCUCAAAGGAAAACCAGUGGCAGUUACAAGUAACAGAGGCACAGGAAGGGCACCUUUCCGUCCUGGCACUAACCCCCUGCUGGAGUGGCAGUACUACCAGAACAAACUCCUAAAAGGCAGAGCAGCAGAUAUACCAGAUUCAUCUAUGUGGGAGAAUCAAGAUUCUGCACAGAUAAAUGGAAUCGAUUCUGUUUUGUCAAAGGCUGAAAUUGCAUCUUGUAGUUAUGAAGCCAGACAAGUUGGCGUUAAGAAUGGAAUGUUUUUUGGGUAUGCUAAACAGUUAUGUCCUAAUCUUCAAGCUGUUCCGUAUGAUUUUCAUGCAUAUAAGGAAGUUGCACGAACAAUGUAUGAAACAUUAGCAAGCUAUACUCAUAACAUCGAAGCUGUCAGUUGUGACGAAGCCCUGGUGGACAUCACUGAGAUCCUUGCUGAGACCAGAAUUACUCCUGAGGAGUUUGCAAGUGCUAUUCGUAUGGAAAUCAAAGACCAGACGAAGUGUGCUGCCUCUGUUGGUAUUGGUUCUAAUAUUCUCCUGGCUAGAAUGGCAACUAGAAAAGCAAAACCAGAUGGGCAAUACCACUUAAAACCAGAAGAAGUAGAUGAUUUUAUCAGAGGUCAGCUAGUUACUAAUCUACCAGGAGUUGGAUGUUCGAUGGAAUCUAAGUUGACAUCUCUGGGUAUUAAAACUUGUGGAGACUUGCAAUAUAUGACCAUGGCAAAACUUCAAAAAGAAUUUGGUCCCAAAACAGGUCAGAUGCUUUAUAGGUUCUGCCGUGGUUUGGAUGACAGACCAGUUCGAACUGAAAAGGAAAGAAAAUCUGUUUCAGCUGAGAUCAACUAUGGAAUAAGGUUUACCCAGCCGAAAGAGGCAGAAGCUUUUCUUCUGAGUCUUUCAGAAGAAAUUCAAAGACGACUAGAGGCUGCUGGCAUGAAGGGUAAACGUCUGACUCUUAAAAUCAUGGUGCGAAAGCCAGGGGCCCCUGUAGAAACAGCAAAAUUUGGAGGCCAUGGAAUUUGUGAUAACAUUGCCAGGACUGUAACUCUUGACCAGGCAACAGAUAGUGCAAAAAUAAUUGGAAAGGCUACACUAAACAUGUUUCAUACAAUGAAACUAAAUAUAUCGGAUAUGAGGGGGGUUGGGAUUCACGUGAAUCAGUUAGUUCCAGCUAAUCCAAACCCUUCCACAUGUCCCAGUCGCCCAUCAGUUCAGUCAAGCCACUUUCCUGGUGGGUCCCACUCUGUCUGUGAUCUCUUCCAAGUUCAGAAAGCUAAGAAAUCCACAGAAGAGGAGCACAAGGAAGUACUUCUGGCUGCUGUGGAUCUGGAAGUAUCAUCUGCCUCUAGAACUUGCACUUCCUUGCCAUCUUUUCCUACACAUCUGCCAGCUGGUAUCAGUGCUGAUGCUAGCAAAGCUGAAUCUUCAAGGAAAUGGAAUGGUCUACAUUCUCCUGUCAAUGUGCAGUCGAGACUUAACCUGAGCAUAGAGGUCCCGUCACCUUCCCAGCUGGAUCAGUCUGUUUUAGAAGCACUUCCGCCUGAUCUGCGGGAACAAGUAGAGCAAGUCUGUGCCAUUCAGCAAGGAGAGUCACAUGGUGACAGAAAGAAAGAACCAGUAAAUGGCUCUAAUACAGGAAUUUUGCCACAACCAGUUGGGACAGUUUUGCUGCAAAUACCAGAACCCCAAGAAUCUAACAGUGACAUAGGAAUAAACGUAAUAGCCCUUCCAGCAUUUUCACAGGUGGACCCUGAGGUGUUUGCUGCCCUUCCUGCUGAGCUUCAAAAGGAGCUAAAAGCAGCAUAUGAUCAAAGACAAAGGCAGGGAGAGAACAGCGCUCACCAGCAGUCAGCCAGUGCAUCUGUGCCAAAGAAUUCUUUACUUCAGCUAAAGCCAGCAGCAGUGAAAGACAAGAAGAGAAACAAGAAAAAAAACCCCAUCAAUACCUCCAAAAAGAUACAGAGUCCUUUGAAAAACAAGCUGCUUAACAGUCCUGCAAAAACUCUGCCAGGGCCCUGUGGGAGUCCCCAGAAGUUAAUUGAUGGGUUUCUAAAACAUGAAGGACCUGUUCCGGAGAAACCCCUGGAAGAACUCUCUGCUUCUACUUCAGGUGUGCCAGGCCCUUCUGGUUUGCAGCCUGACUUGGCUGGCUGUGUUAGACCCCGGGCACCCAAUCUGGCUGGAGCAGUUGAAUUCAGUGAUGUGAAGACCUUGCUCAAAGAAUGGAUAACUACUAUUUCAGAUCCAAUGGAAGAAGACAUUCUGCAAGUUGUGAAAUACUGUACUGAUCUAAUAGAGGAAAAAGAUUUGGAAAAACUAGAUCUAGUUAUAAAAUACAUGAAAAGGUUGAUGCAGCAGUCGGUGGAAUCAGUUUGGAAUAUGGCAUUUGACUUUAUUCUUGACAAUGUUCAGGUGGUUUUACAACAAACUUAUGGAAGCACAUUAAAAGUUACAUAAAUAUUACCAGGGAGCCUGGUGCUCUCUGCUGGCUGUGCCAUAAGUGCUUGUGAGGUAUUUGCAAAGUGCAUGAUAGUAAUGCUCUGAGUUUUUAUAAUUUUAAAUUUCUUUUAAAGCAAGUGUUUUGUACAUUUCUUUUCAAAAAGUGCCAAAUUUGUCAGUAUUGCAUGUAAAUAAUUGUGUUAAUUCUUUUACUGUAGCAUAGACUCUAUUUACAAAAUGUUUGUUUAUAAAGUUUUAUGGAUUUUUACAGUGAAGUGUUUACAGUUGUUUAAUAAAGAACUGUAUGUAUAUUUUG